AUGGCACGCCAGAAAAAGUCAACAGGGGUCCGCGGACCCAACAGUGCGUUGACAGAGUUCCUCCGUGUGGAGGGUAUUACGGACGCGUUUCGGCGGCGCCAGGAAAGAAGCGAAAGUGUAGAAACUAGCGAAACUUCAACUGGUCCAGAAGAAGCCGAAACCUCAAAUGGAACCGUCAGCAACAAUGAAGAGGUUCUGGUUGCUGAUCCCGAGGAAGACGCGAUCCGCGAAGCCGGCAGGCGCAAAAGAGCGGGAAAAUAUGACUCGGACGACUCCGAUGAUGAAUGGGUAGACGAUGAGAGCAAUCGAAACCAGGACAAAUUCGGAGAAACUAGUGAAUGUGCCGACUGUGGGAAACCGUUUACGUUGACGGUGUACUCGCGGUACCUUGCUGCCCGCAAGGGGUAUCUCUGUGACGAGUGUAAUGAGUUGGUUAAAGAGCAAGAACGAGCCAGUCGUCGGAGUCAAUUUGCGGCGAGAAAGCGAAGAAAGAAAGUGGCGCUGGCGCUCUUGGAUAGGACCCGGGUUCGAAUUCCCAAGCUUCAGGACGUGUGUAUCCGCAAGAUCACGGAGAACAUUGGCGAUGUCGAUGCUCUCGGAGACAUUGGACAGUCCAACAUUAACAAGGUUGCACAGAUCUUGAGCAAAAAUAGAUCUCUCGAUGAGACCACCAUUCCGUUAUUUCUCAACCCACAAAUCACAUCGCUCCGCCUCUGGGACUGCUCCAACGUGGACUCCGACUCGUUGAACAAAAUCGUGGCAUUCUGUCCCAAAAUCCAGUCGUUGACCCUCUUCAUGUGCGGCCAGUUCCAUAACGAUAACCUAAAGUACUACGGCACCAAUCUUCUCGAGUUGACGUCUCUUGCACUCAACGGUCCAUUUUUGAUCAGCGAGACCGCUUGGCUGGAUUAUUUCGCCGACGGAGGCUCCAGACUAACAGAAUUUGAACUUCGAAAUACCCACCGAUUCGGAAACGAUUCCUUGAUCAGCUUGCUAGAGGGCUGUGGUUCGAACCUCACGUCUUUGAAACUCUCUCGCUUGGAUGGACUCAAGGAAGAAUCAGUGUACAGCUUGAUACCACAUUACUUGCUGGCUUCGAAACUAGUUCAUUUGGAGCUUUCCUACCCACACUCUGAGGGUUUGAUCACCGACGACUUGAUAAUUAAUAUUCUUUCGGUUACCGGCGACACGUUGGUUUCCCUUAAUGUUGACGGCUGUACGGACCUCACCGAUAGAUUUUUGAUCGAAGGAGUUGCAAAAUUCUGUCCUCGCUUGACACAUCUUUCCAUGGACUCGUUGGAUCAGGUAUCCAAUGAAGGCUUCAGCAAGGCAUUCGAAGAUUAUUCCAAGGUGAAUAGUGGAGGACUCAUUGGAGUCAACUUGCGUAAAUGUGGACUUUUGGCAAACGAAGCAGUUUACUCGUUGUUAAAGCAUUCCGGAAAAACUUUGGUGGAACUCAAUUUGAACUCUUUGAGGCUCCUCACUAAAGAUUUGCUCAUAGAUGUGCUUCUGCCCCAUAAAGUGGACAAAGACAGUCAGUUUGAUCCGCUUGAUUUACCGCUACUUACUACGCUCGAUAUUGGUUUUGUGAGAGUUGUGGAUAAUAUGGUAUUGAUGCUGUUGGGCCAAAAGUGCCCCAAGUUGGCGAUUCUAGAGGUUUAUGGAGAUAAUCGAUCUACCAAGCAAGCCAACGUGAGGAAUGAUCUAUUGGUCAUUGGAAGACAAAGCGAUACUGCUUAG